GGGCGCCUGCGCGCGGGGGAACACGUGGCUGCCGCGGAGCCGGAGCAGCAAUGGCGGCGGGUGGCGGCGGUAGCUGCGACCCCCUGGCCCCGGCGGGGGUUCCCUGCGCCUUUUCCCCGCACAGCCAGGCCUACUUCGCUCUGGCGUCUACCGACGGUCAUCUGCGAGUCUGGGAGACAGCUAACAACCGGCUGCACCAGGAAUACGUGCCUUCCGCGCACCUCAGCGGUACCUGCACCUGUCUGGCCUGGGCGCCAGCGCGGCUGCAGGCCAAGGAAAGUCCCCAAAGGAAAAAAAGGAAAUCAGAAGCCGUAGGAACAAGUGACCAGGUUGAUCUGUUGGCUCUUGGAACAGCAGUUGGUAGCAUUUUAUUAUACAGUACAGUAAAAGGAGAAUUACACAGUAAAUUAAUAAGUGGUGGACAUGACAACAGAGUCAAUUGUUUGCAGUGGCAUCAAGACAGUGGCUGUUUAUAUAGUUGUUCAGAUGAUAAACACAUUGUGGAAUGGAAUGUACAGACAUGCAAAGUAAAGUGCAAAUGGAAAGGUGACAAUAGCAGUGUCAGUUCCCUGUGUAUCAGCCCAGAUGGAAAGAUGCUGCUUUCAGCGGGUCGAACAAUAAAGCUGUGGGUUUUGGAGACCAAAGAAGUCUACCGACACUUUACAGGACAUGCAACACCAGUUUCAUCACUUAGGUUCACUACCAUCAGACCUCCUAAUGAGAGCCAACCUUGUGAUGGGAUUACAGGUCUUUAUUUCUUAUCUGGAGCAGUACAUGACCGGUUAAUUAAUGUCUGGCAGGUCCGGUCAGAAAACAAAGAAAAGAAUGCAGUGAUGUCUUUCACAGUUACAGAUGAACCUGUCUGCAUUGACUUGACUUUGUCAGAAAACAAAGAAGAGCCUGUCAAGUUAGCUGUUGUUUGCAAAGAUGGUCAAGUGCAUCUUUUUGAACACAUAUUAAAUGGAUACUGCAAAAAACCUUUGACUUCAAACUGCACAAUUCAGAUGGCAACACCUGGGAAAGGCAAGAAAUCAACACCAAAACCCAUCCCUAUUCUAGCUGCUGGUUUUUGCUCAGACAAAAUGUCAUUGUUGCUUGUAUAUGGCAGUUGGUUUCAGCCUGCUAUUGAGCGAGUGGCCCUAAACUCCAAAGAACCUCAUAUGUGUUUAAUAAGAGAUAUUUCGAACUGCUGGGCCCCAAAAGUAGAAACAGCUAUUACAAAGGUGAGAACGCCAGUGAUGAAUUCUGAAGCAAAAGUCCUGGUGCCUGGGAUUCCUGGUCAUCAUGCAGCUGUCAAGCCUGCUUCUCCACAAACUAAGCAAGUAGAGAAUAAGAGGAAAUUAGAGGGAGAUGAGGUUAGCAUUGAAGACCGCCUGGGAGCAAUGCAGAUAGAUACAAAAAAAGGAAAGGAUGAACUUCUCCAGACGAACAGUUUUCCAGUUCUUCUUACACAGGGCUUAGAAAGCAAUGAUUUGGAAAUGCUAAACAAAGUACUUCAAACUAGGAAUUUAAAUCUAAUAAAGAAGACUGUGUUAAGGAUGCCCCUGCAUGCUAUUAUUCCAUUAUUGCAAGAGCUUACAAAGAGGUUGCAAGGACAUCCUAAUAGUGCUGUUGUAAUGGUUCAGUGGCUAAAAUGUGUGUUAACGGUUCACGCAUCAUACCUAUCCACAUUACCUGACUUGGUACCCCAGCUGGGGACACUCUACCAGUUAAUGGAAAGCAGAGUCAAGACGUUUCAGAAACUCUCACACCUUCAUGGAAAGCUUAUUCUUCUAAUAACACAAGUUACAGCGUCAGAGAAAGCAAAGGGAAUGACUUCGCCUGAACAGAAGGCAAAGUUGGUGUAUGAAGAAGAAUCUUCUGAAGAGGAGUCUGACGAUGAAAUAGCAGAUAAGGAUUCUGAUGAUAAUUGGGAUGAAGAUGAGGAGGAGAAAGAAAGUGAAAAAGAUGAGGAAGUUGAUGAAGAGAAUGAAGAGGAAGAUGAUGAUGCUGAAAAAGAUGAAGAAAAUGGUGAGGACAGAGAUGUGGCAAGUGAAAAAGAAUUAAACGGAGAUUCUGAUUUAGAUCCUGAAAAUGAAAGUGAAGAAGAAUGAAGACAGGAAAGGAAGCCAGUCGAACUGUGCAAACUCUGGCUCACCUUGCCCGCUGGUGCCGAGUCCUCCUGGGGAGGAUGUCUCUGUGCCAGGAUGCCAAGGACCGCUGCACAUUUCCAAAUUCACAGUGGUGGUUCCCAUACCAUCUUGCUGUCCUGAGUGCCCCAACAUAACUGUGUAAAUAAGAAUGUUUCAUUCAAAUGUUAAUAAACUUUACACAGUAAAUAGACACAUUUUCUGCAAUGUACUGAGAUGAGUGUCCAAUAUAUGGUAUAUUUUUAUAAUAUAAUACCCUAAUAUGAUUGAUUAUAUCGAGAAUUGACUUAAGUGAAGAUAAAGACCUUUCCCAUAGGGUUCAAGAACUGGGCUGUUGUGAAGGAGUCAGCUCUUAUCUCAGGUUGGUAUCUCAUCAAAUCCAGAUACAGAAUAGCAGCACUAGUGACAAUUUUUUUAAUUUGGUACAUUUUCAUAAAAUAUGAUGGGAUCACUAAAAAUGGGAGUACAAAUAAUUGUGGUUUUAAAAUCACCAGUAUCCCUAGCUUGUCUUUAACCGUGGUAAUCUGACUUGACUCAGAUUGAAUUAUUUGGAGUGCUUCCCCAAAAUAACCACUUAUUUUUUAAGCUGUCACGUGAAAUAUUUUUUUAAAAACAAAAUGAAAAAUUAUGGUAAUUAAAAAACUAAAGAGUUAGCCAUAUUAAGGAUUUUUCUUGACUGAAAAUUGCUUGUAAAGAAUCAUCAGUGUAUAGAUAGAUUUAGAAGUGCUCAUUACCUGCAAUUUUUAAAAAAUUCAGUUAUAGCUGCUUUUGAAGAAGUUUCAUUUUUAUUUAAAUUACUAAUGGAUCAAAGAACAAUUGUUUAUUUUUUCUCUUUGGUUUUCGAUAUUAAUAACCUUGUUGGAAUUUUUUUCCAAAGAAAAUAUUUUUAUAAUUGAGUAAUUUAAUGUUCUCCUUCCUUCUCAUUACCUGCUCUUGGCAGUGUUGGGGUACCUGUUUACCUUUAAAGCGACAAAUCUGACUCAAGACUUUUUAUGUAUGUACAAAUAAGUAUUUUGGUGCGCUACAGAAGCCUUUUCAAAGUAUCAGUAAAAAAAAAAAAAAAUUUUUUUUUUUUUUUUUUUUAAAAAACAAUGAGCCAGUUAUUUGCUUACUGCUCACCUAGGGGUCUUGCAGAUGGAAGCUCACCUCUAAGGAAGGGCUGAGCAAAUGGAUCUAUUGUUUCCCACCUGUGGAUAUGUAAAACAAAAUCAUUAUCGCUGAGGGACUUCACAGAACAGAGAUUUCUGUGUUCACCUAACUAAUAGAGCUGGAGCCAUAUAAGCAUCUUGGGAAAGCAAGUUUAAGUCAGCUACUGGUGUAAUAUAUGGUUAUAUUUGUCUAUAAAUGGAGCUGUUUAUGGCAAUUUAAUACCAUUCUCUUUGUAAAGUGAAUAAAUAUUCAUCUUUACCCAG